GUGACGUAGGAAGUUGUCAUAUCAAUAAACUCGGUGCUUCAUUUAGCAUCGUAAGUUACUUGUAGCUGACAAGAAGUGUCAUAAGUUGUGUACGUGCGGUGAAUUUGUUGUUUCUAUGUGUAUGUGCAUAUGUGUGAGAACAACAAAUUUUUAGUGCGAUUUUAAAGAAAUACACGGCCAGAAAUUUGUGACGACAAAUCCUCGACUUUUAUGGAAUGCUUUGAUCAGUGAAAUGGAUUUCAUGUGUGUGGGAGAGUAUACAAGCAACUUGUUUAUGAGCACCGCACUGUUUUAGGUGUAACAGAAUGCUUCUGAACAUCGAGCAACGGAGGAUAUUAAAUUGAACGCUACGUUAAAUAAAAGGUCGCAGCAAACAGGUUCGUUGCUCUCUGUAGAUAUAGAAGAUAGAAGAUUUCUCAGAAAACAAAAAAAGAUAAAACAAGGAACUCAUCAGUUGUACAAUGCACCGUGGUCCCAGUCGGAGCUGCAGCUAUGAUGGAAAAAUUGCAGGGUUAUAUGAUUUGGAGGAGACAUUGGGCAGAGGACAUUUUGCUGUGGUGAAAUUGGCAAGACAUGUAUUCACAGGAGAGAAGGUUGCUGUCAAAGUUAUAGACAAAAGCAAACUAGAUGAUGUGUCAAGAGCUCACUUGUUCCAAGAGGUGCGAUGUAUGAAACUUGUCCAGCAUCCAAAUGUUGUGCGCCUUUAUGAAGUUAUUGAUACACAGACAAAGUUGUACCUAAUAUUGGAACUGGGAGAUGGAGGUGAUCUCUAUGAUUAUAUUAUGAAACAUGAUGGUGGUCUGGGUGAAGAAGUGGCUCGUGAAUAUUUCCGUCAGAUUGUGCGUGCUAUUUCGUACUGUCACAGGUUACACGUUGUGCAUAGGGACUUAAAACCAGAAAAUGUUGUAUUCUUUGAGAGACUUGGGAUGGUGAAACUUACAGACUUUGGUUUUAGUAAUCGUUUCAAUCCAGGGCAGAAGUUGGAAACUUCAUGUGGAUCUUUAGCAUAUUCUGCACCAGAGAUAUUACUGGGUGAUUCGUAUGAUGCUCCAGCAGUUGAUGUCUGGUCACUGGGAGUAAUUCUGUACAUGCUAGUAUGUGGGCAAGCCCCAUUCCAAGAAGCAAAUGACAGUGAAACCCUCACAAUGAUAAUGGAUUGCAAAUAUACAAUCCCAGUCCAUGUGUCAGAAGGUUGUAAAAGGCUAAUAGCUCGGAUGCUGAUUCGGGAACCAGAAAAGCGAGCCACUCUGGAAGAAAUAGCAAUGGACCCAUGGCUGAGAGAAGAUGCCAACACUGAGCCAGCAGACUUCCUCCCAUUAGUAUCUCGAGAACACGUGUCUGAGGAUGACCAUGCUCUUAUCAUACAGAAGAUGGUCAAUGGCAAUAUUGCUACUAAAGAAGACAUUUUAGAGGCACUUGAUAAGAAUGAAUACAAUCACAUCACAGCAACCUAUUUCUUGCUAGCUGAGAGGAAACUGCGAGCACACCGACAAGAACAAGCUCAGCAGCGUCUUCGUCAGGGGCAACAGUUGCAAGAAUUGUCUCCCAUAACGUCUGGCAGCAAGCCUUACGCGAAGAUGGACAAGAUCACAGGAAUGAGCAACACAGAUGUUUCAUGUCAACAAGUGAACCAGUCUUUACUGAGUGCAGCGCGCACACCCGGGGACCAGAAUUACCGAUCCCGGAAGUGUAGUAUUGUCCAGGAAGAGGAGGACGAAGACGACAUGACAUCGUGUUCUGGCCGUGAAGAGUUGGCUCCACCUCACGGUUCCUUGAAUAGGCGUGGUUCUCGCUCAGAGGGAAAAUUAAACUUGGCGCUACAAGAGCGUCUGGCAGAGUCGGAGCGUCGAAAAGAUGGCUCCUCUGCAGGGAAUACUGCAACACACAAGAUGUCAGUUCCAUCCAGCGGUGCCUCAAAUUCUGGAGGGGGAAUACUCCAUGUUGGCAUUCGUGAUGAUACAUCACAGCGACCUGUUACAGUGUGGGCUUCACCGGCAAAGAAAGUUCUUCCUACAACAACUGAAAGUUCAAGACUGCAAUCGUCAGCAGAGUUGUCGACAAAACUAACACCUACGUAUGCCACAAGUAGCACAAAAUGGCAAACGGGAAUGAAACAGACAGUUCCAUUAGUGAAAGUGCCACUAAAAAAACCAACUUCAUUAACCUCAAGAGACCCCAUUUCGUCCCAAACCCCCUGUCCAUCCACAACUACAUCUUUUAUAACAGAAUCUUCCACGAUAUCCAUACCUAUACAUACAUCCUCUCCAGCUAUGGAGCAACCUUUACUUCCAAAAUAUAAGACAAUGCCAUCACCUACUCGUCCAUUACAUACUGUUCUGGGUUCACCUCCACUGAAUGAAAUAUUUGAGGAAGGUGAAAGUGUCAUCGGAGAUACGACACGCUCUAGUCAGACCUCACGCAGCUACGUCAGUCGUCAGAACUACGAGCAGCGCCGAAGUAGGUUCCACAAGACACGGACAGCAUCAUGUAGUUCUUCGGAUGCCAGUGAUGAUGAUAGUGAGAGUCGCAAGAAACGUGCUCAUAAGAUUACUGGUGACGCAAAGCCAUUCCAGCAACAGAGGAGAGAUUCACACGACGACUCUAGUGAUUCCCAAGAUCCCGGUGGAAGUGGAGGUGCUGGUGGAGGUGGCAGCCGAUCUCGCGAAUCUGCUUCUGAGUGCAAUAGUGGUACGGCCCCAGAAUCGCAUGCUGAUUCUGAAAGGACUUCUGCCAUAACUAGCAAUGGUAAUAAAGGAAGUGGAGGGGGCCGGAGACAGUGUCGUAGGCGGCCUGGAGAAACUAGGUUGAGAGAGAGUCAGUCUCUUAAUCGUAUCACAGAAGUGCAGGAGGCAGAAUUAUCGCUUUCACUGCCACCACAUCAGCAGGCAGAGUAUGUGGCUCCUCUGCCUCCCAGCAGAGUGAGAGGUUUUGGGGCUCGUCUGUUCCAGGGCUGGCCUCUCUCACCAUCCUGUGCAACUCCAUCCAAAAAAUCAUCUCAGCAGCAAGCAUCCCUUGUGAUUUCAGAUAGAAGUCCUCUGAGGUCAGGGAACUUCAAAAGUGAGAAGAGUACAGAAACUAAUGAACAGUCAGUUGAUAAUUUUUCUGUGUCGCAUAGGAUAAUGGGUGGUUUUCUCGACACCUCGUGUAAGGAAUUGGACAGUAUCCCUUUAGCCAAAUGUCAUGGGGAGGGCAAAGAGAACUGUUGCAAAUCUGCAACUUCAAAGAAUGCAGUAGGAGAGAAGCAGAAAACUAACACCGGGAAGAAAGGAAGACUAUUGAGUCGCUACUUUCAGGUUCACAAAAAGCUCUGCCUUCCACUCCCGGGACUGUUUGGUCGAGGCAGACUGUACAAAGCCCAGUCGUGUGGCUCAAUUGUUCGUGACCGAGUGACAUCCUCCGCACCGGCUUCACUUCUGGUGUGUGGCGAGGAGAGGUGGUGUACUGCUGCAGGCAAAGUACCUACUGGCGAAAGCACCCGCAGAUGCAGUGGGACAGCAGCAGAUUGACGUGUGGUGGUAUCUAUGUUAUACAGUUCAGUUGCUGCUCACCCAUAAUUCCAGUGGAACCUGUGAUAUCGUUGUAGUGGCAGAGUGAGUGAGGAAUGUUAGGUUCUAUCUUAGAGCAUGAAACGAAGAUUGUUCAAACGUGUAAAAUGAAAUAUAGGAAGAAUCACAUAUGAUUUUAAUGUUAACUCAGAAUGAAACUAGAUUUAACAAUAUAGUAGUCCUUUUAAGUAAAUUGUUAAUUACUUAUAAUGUGUUUUUAUGCUGUUAUUGAUUUCAUGUGCAAUAAUAAAAUAUUGUUCAUUACAAUAGAAUUUUUUAAAUUGAAAUAUAUCAGAUAUUGUUGCUAAAAUUAUUGUUGUCAUUUUCCAGCAUCAUUUGAAAAAGUUCAUGAAUUAAUGUGUGACAAAUAUUUACAGUGUUGUUAUCAGUAGUGAGUUUUUUUUUCCAAAACUAGAAUGAGAACAAUAUUUAAUAGUAUUUAUUUUAUAGUAUUAUUAGCAUGUAAUGUAAAACUUCCACAUUAUUAGAAAUAUGAAGUAGCAGUUUAUGGAGUUAACUUUGAGUUUCUGGUGAUGUAAAUACUGAUGUCUCAUUUCAGCUUUUCACUAUUUAUUAACUUUACAAAUAUUUACAAUGAUUUGACUCAACAAAAAUUUUAAAAAAUCGAAGAAGUUUAUAGCAUCCACAAUAGAGACAAGAGAGGACUCUCAUUCUGGGUAUUGUGGCUCUUGUUAUCCAGAAUUUACAGUGACAAUUUUCCUUCCUCUUUCCUCUGAAUAUGUUAUUCUUACUUGAACUGCCUUUUAUGUAGAUAAAGGAAGUGCACAGCAAGUUCCUAAAUCUCAAGAUUUAAUAUCUAUUUGUCAACAUGUUCUGAUUGUUUUUGUUUGAGAAAUUAGUGGAUAGGGCCUUGAAUCUUGCAUUUAAUUAGUCUUUAUUGUGAAUAUUUAUGUACUGAAAAUAAAAUACGUUGUAAUGUGAACUAAUAAGUAAAAUGUGAUAGUCUUUUUUUACAGAGAGAUAAUUGCUGAUCAGUAAGGAACCUAAUAGUAAACUACUUAAACUGAAAGAAAUCUUGAACUGAAAAUGUUCUUAGAAAGAAUAACAUUCAAAAUUAAAGGUGGUUUAUGGCCAGAAAGGAAAAUGUUUGUAAUGGCUUUGAUGGAGGGAAGUGUGACAGGUGAAGAAAUCUGAUGAACAGAUGCAGUGGUCAAGGAUCACUGUCUUGCUAUCUUGCAAAUGUUUCUCUCUCUCUCUCUCUCUCUCUCUCUCUCUCUCUCUCUCUCUCUCUCCAGCAGGAUGUUGGCUGACAUAGUUUGCCUUCUUUAUCUAUCCACUCUUUCUUUUGUGUUCCUGUUUUUGCUCCAGCCUAGAAGAACCUCAUAGUUCCAUAAAAAUGAUAUUCAGUGUCUAUUUGUAUUUUGAACAUCCAUAACAAUUCUCUGUCCUCUUAGGUCAACAUAACAGUUUAAUUUGUCAUUAUACAUAAAGUAAUACAAGUAAGUUGUCUGAGACAAAAAGGCUACUAAACUGCUGUAGCUAAACAGAAGAUGAAAAGUGGUGCGAAGGUGGGUGGAAUGAUACUGUUAGCAAUGAUGAUGAUAGCAAAACCAAAUGGUUAGCAGCAGGUUUGAAGCUGCUUCAAGAAUUCCUACAAAACACAAAGGGAAUUAUUUACACUUCGAAGCCUUACGCUGUGGUCUUCGAUCUGAAGACAGGUUUGUUGCAGCUCUUCACGCAAGUCUAUAAGAUGCAAGCCUCUUCAUCUCCAAAUUAACUACUGCAACCUUCAUCCCUUUGAACCUGCAUACUGUAUUCAUCCCUUAGCUGCUCCAUACAAUUUUAUCACCCUUCUCUCCCUCCCUCACACUUCCUUAUAAUACCAAAUUUCCUGCAUGACUCAGAAUGUGUCCCAUCGACUGAUCUCUUAUUUUAUUUAAGCUGUGCCAUAAACUUCUUUUGUCCCCAAUCUGAUUCAGCAAGUUUUCAUCAGUUACAUGCCCUACGUAUCUAAUCCUCAGCAUUCUUCCAUAGCACGACAUUUCAGAAGCUUCUAUUUUCUUCUUUUCUGACCUGUUUAUCCUCUGUGUUUCACUCCCAUACAAGGCUACACUCGAGACAAAUGCCUUCACAAAGGACUUCUUACCACUUUAAUUCAUAUUCAAUGUUACCAAAUUCCAAUUUUUCAGAAGUACUUUCCUUGCUAAUAGUCAGUCAUAUCAAUUAUUUUGUUGGCCAAACAGCAAAACUCACCUGCCACUUUUAGUGUCUCAUUACGUAAUCUAAUUCCUCAGCACUGUCUGAUUUUAUUUGACUACUUUUCAUUACCCUGGUUUUACUUUUGUUGAUAUUUAUCCUGGAACUUAUUUUCAAGACACUAUUCAUUCUGUUUAACUGCUCUUCCAAGCCGUUUGUUGUCUUUGACUGAAUCACAAUGUCAUCGGCUAACCUCAAAGUUUUUAUUUUGUCUCCCUCAGCUUUAAUUCCUUCUCUAAAUUUUUCUUUGGUUUCCUUUAGUGCUUGCUCAGUGCACAGACAGGGAAACAUCAGGGGUAGGCUACAACCCUGUCUCACUUCCUUCUCAAUUACUGAUUACCUUUCAUGUCUUUCAACUCCUUAACUGGAGUCUGGUUCCUGUACAAGCUGUACAUAACAUUUCUCUCCCUGUAUUUUAUCCCUGCUACCCUCAGAAUUUCUAAGAAUGUAUUCCAAUCAACAUUAUCAAAAGCUUUCUCUAGCUCUAUGAAUCCUAUCAGCAGAAGUUUGCAUUUCUUUAAUCUAUAUUCUAAGGUAUGUCAUUGGGGCAGUAUUGCCUCCUUUAUUACCAUAUUUUUGCAGAACCAAACUGAUCUUCCUCAAGGUCAGCUUCCACCAGAUUUUUCAUUCUUCUGUAAAUUCAUGUCAGUAUUUCAAAACUGUGACUUAUUAAAGCGAUAAUUUGGUAAUAUUCACAUCUUAGCACCUGUUUUCUGUGGAAAUGGAAUUAUUGCAUUUUUCCUGAAGUCUUAGGGUAUUUUGCCUGUCUUGUAUGUCUUGCUUAAUAAGUGGGAUAGUUUUGUCAUGGCUGACUUUCUCAAGUAUCUAAAUAAUUCUGAGAGGAUGUCCUCUGCUCCAGGGGCCUUGUUUCAACUUAGAUAUUUUAGAGCUUUUUCACAUUCUUAUUGCAUUGUCAUACUUCCUGCCUCAACUUCAUCUACUUCCUCUUCUCUGUCUAUAAUAUUAAUCUUCAAAUCCAUUUCCCUUAUAGACUCCUCUUUCAGCUUUCACCUUUACUGCCUUUGUUUAGCACUGGCUUUUCAUUUGAGAUCUUGAUAUUCAUACAGUUGCUUUUCUUUUUUCCAAAGUUGUCUUUAAUCCCCCUAUAGGCAGAAUACAGCAUAUCUUUCCCUUAGUUAUACACUCUUUUGUUUUCUCUCUAACACUUCCUGCUUAGCCAUUUUGCACUUUAUGCCAAUAUAAUUUUGUAGGUGUCUGUAUUCCUUUUUGCCUGCUUCAUUUACUACAUUUUCAUAUUUUCUCAUUUGAUCAGCUAAAUUCACUAUCUUCUGUGUUAUCCAAGGAUUUCUUCUAAGCCUUAGUUUUUUACCUAUUUGCUCAUGUGUUUCCAUCAGUGAUUCAUACCAAGCGAGGUAGUGCAAUAGUAAGCACGAUGGACUGGCAUUCAGAAGGGUGAUGGUUUUAAUCUUCUUCUGCCCAUCCAGAUUUAAGUUACAAAUCAUUGCCCUCAAUAUUUUAAUGUAAAUGCCACGAUGGUUCCUUUGAAAGGACAUGACUGAUUUCCUUCACCAUCCUUCACAAAACCAAGUUUGUGGCCCCAUCUCUAAUGACCUCAUUGUCAACGGGACAUUCAGUCCUCAUCCUUCCAUCACUUUUUCAUCUCUCAAAGCUACCCAUUCAUUGUCUGCUGUCUUCCCUUCCCUUGAUUCGGUCAAAUUUUUCCUAGUGCUCCCUCUGAAACUCUCAAUAACCUCUGGUUAUAUCAGCUUUGAAAAAGGAUGUAGGUACCAUUUUGACUAACAUAUACAAAGGUAUAUGUCCAGAUGUGUAUUACUAAUUUGUCUUGCUUUGAAGAGUAUGUGGAAAAGCUUAAUUUAACUUACAUAAAAUACUAGAGUUUACCAUGUUAUAUCAUAAUAAAAUUGCUUAUGUUCAUUUGAUAAGUAAGAAAUCAUCUGUUCACAUAGCUAUGUGCAGCUUUGUGUAAAGCCUUGAAAUCAUUCUCCUCUAUAUUAACAACAAUAUAAGGAUGUUUCAGUCUACUAGACAUUAUCAGUGUUCCUAGAUCAUGUGAUAUAAACAUCUUACUGAUAUUUUUCUGGUUCUCAAUCAUAGCAAAGUCAUGGUUACAAGAAAGAAAUGAAUGACCACUAACAAGAAACCUAUGACUGAUUUUACAAGCAACCGUUUCUUACAAGACCCAGAAGAGCAACAACCAUCAUCUUAUUUUUGUUUUAUCUGAUGAAAUUAUCAAUCAAAUUUAACAUCUUUCACUUGUUGGAGGGAAGAAGGGAAACAAUGUUUAGCAUUGAGGAAACAAUUUCGUUGCCACCACACCCACUACGACUCUCAUUCCAAAGACAUAUGUAUGCAUCUUCAGUGACACAAACAUGAACACACAGGCUGUGACAGGUCAGUUGGCAGGAGUAGUACAGCUCACAAUGAGUCAGUGAAGGGAUAUAGAAUACCUGCUGUAAAUUGAAUGUGAUCACACGUGGAUCCCACUGAAAAGUGAGUUGAGCUGGUCAAGGUGUAUGUCACCAAAUGACAAGUACAUCACAGCAAUUCUAUCUGCCCACUGUAUUAACAAUAAAGUGUCACUAUACUGCUUAAUCCUUGUAAUGCAGCUAGAUAGCUAACUUGAGCUCUUGUCAAUUAAGUGACAUAACUUUUCAGUCUUUGAAUCUAGAUAUUCAAAUAAUUUGUAGAAAUAAUGGAUUUGAAACUUUAAAUGGUUUACUGAUUUUAAUUGCUUGUCUGUGGUGCACUUAUGUUGAAUGUAUUUAGGAAAUUAUGCCCUUCUUAUUUCAGCUUUACAUUAUUCAUCACAUGUCCUUUGUUUAUUUCCUUUGUUAUCUUGCUCUUAACACACAUUUUCCCUCCAGACUUGUUUUAUUUUGUUUCUAUGAUAUUGUAUAGAAUCAGUUUCUAAAAGACUAUGAAUGAAUGAAUCAGAAACCUUGGUUACCAACUCAUUUUCAAUUUUGAUACCACUGUAUAUAUUUUAUUUGAGGUACAUUGUAUAAACAUAUUUUUUGACAUACUUCAUUUUAAUUAUUGCUUGAAUUCUUCAUUAGAAUGCUAUUGACAAAUAUUAAAUCACUAACAUUGUCAUAAAGAUGUUCUCUUACAGUCAAGUGGUACUUUUCAUUCAUUUAUAAAUAACUUGUCUAAUUAACAUUGUACAUUAUUUCAAAUGUACAUACAGGACCUCUGAACUUAUUCACAAAAAGUAUAUUUUCCUUCUUGUGUUUCUCUCUUUUUCUGCCUAUAAUCAGAAAGCAUUCUCAAUUGUGACUGUCAGUGCAUAUUGUUUUCACUCCUAACAUUGUGUAAUGUUUUAAUAUUUACCCAAAAAUAAAUAAUUCUGUUAGUUUCAUCUAUAGUAGCUGUCAUUUUAUUUCUACCUCAAACUAGUGAGCAAGAUUCAUUUCUUGACCAGAAGCUUGUUCCCUGAGAUAUCUUCCUUGUGGAUGAAUUUCACUUCCUCAAGAAUCCUCCAGUUAAUAUCAUCUUGUAACAGUUCUCUUCACAAUUAAAGUUUUGUGCUAACUCCACAUAGAAUCAGUCUGGCUGAUUAUCCAUAGUUGUUGGAUACUAUGCUUUCACUUUUGUGUAUGUCUCUCCUUUGAAAACGGUCCACUGAGUUCUGUUCCCCAAGAAACCUUCAUGCUGUUCUGACUUUACUGUAAUAUUAUUUUUGUUUUAUCUACUUUAUUAAACUUUUAUUAGAGACUCAUACAGUGUGAUAGUCAACAGGUGACUGUAUAAAGUAAAUGUUUCUCUUUAUUAUAGGAAAGUGCAUAUCAUCUAUUUGUUUAUUCGUUCAUUCCAUGAUGGUUCAUCUUACAAAGAUACUGAAUUUGUCAUCCUAAUACAAUGAAAACAAUGAGCUCAAAAAAUAUAUAAGUGGCAAUCAAAGAGUUUACAUCUGAAGGCAAUAUAGUCCACAGUCAGUAUGCCAAGCAGUCAAAAUCAACUCGAGCAUAGAGGCAAUCAUCCUACUGAAGCAUCAAGUUGAAGGUACUGUUUGGUAAAACAACAUGUCCUAGAGAACGAAGAAGUCUGUAACUGCGCUUCACAUCCUGGUCCACCAUGGUUCAUCAACCCUUUAAGACCUUUUUUUAAGGGACUUAAGUCAUGAUAAUUACAUGGGGAGAGAUCAGGACUAUGUGGUGAGUGCCUGAGUGUCUCCACUGGGAUUGCUCUCUGCUGUUCUUCUGCAACAAAUCUACAUUCUCUUUUUUCAGUAUGCUUUUUCCUCCAAAGUAGAUGUGGAGUUUUUCUAGAUCGUCCGCUAUGGCUGUCUCACCGUUUUCCUUAUCUCUUCUUAAAAACUCAAUGCCCUUAUUCUCAUAUUUUACGGACUAUAAGAUGCUACAGACUGUAAAACACACCUUAAUUUUUAAUUAUUUUUGAAAAAUAUAACAUUUUAACUUUUUCAUUCUUAGAUUGCAAGCCAGGCUAAAAAAAAUUGUUAAUUUAUAAAAUGGAACUGACCUGUAAAAUCCCUGAAAUCAUCUGAACUUUCUUCUUCUUCUUCCUCCUCUUCAUUGUCAUUAUGCCUGCAAUGAAUCAGUGUGGUGCUGCUACCAGUUGAAUCCAGUGUUGCCAGACAAAGAUAGGUUUCCUGCGGCAUCGAAUACAGGGCCAUUUUUAAGACUAGUGGGAGUUUUAAAUCAAACACUAGAUAUCUUUAUAUUAAUUUCGGGUAUAAGACACACUUGAAUUUUUGAGGCAGUUUUUCAGAGAAAGAGUGUGUCUUAUAGUCCAUAAAAUAUGGUACACCUCUAGUCUACCUCUCUGUAAGUCAUAGCUUGCUUUUGCCCUGCUCAAUCAAUCAGUGUCUAAAGUGAUUGGGAAAGGUAAAUCAUCAGUGACCAGAAAAUCCAUAUCCCACUUUACUCCUCCCACUUCUACUUGACAAAAUACUUGUCUAGUGAACCUUGGUGUCUGUUUACCUAGAGAGUUAACAUUCUGGGUUUUAGCAACAGAGAGUGUCUCUAUCUCUUCUUUUCCCCAGCUCUGCUUUAACCAUUUUGCUAAGGUUACUGAAACUUCUGCACUGCUAUCCAGAAAGGAUUCUGUUUCUUCUCCAGUUGCUUUAAUCUUUAAUUCUGAUUUGUAGCUCGUUGGCCCUGUUCUAUCCUUCACUGACUCUUCUAGAAGCUCUUCAGCUGAAUUACAAAGGAAUCAGGUGUGAAGACUAAUUUAAUUUUCUGAGGCCACAACAUUUAUCUUUUCCUGGCCAAAUUCCCAUUUCUUUGACCACUCUCCUUCUACUCUCAGCGUUCCUUCUUUUCUCACCAUCCAGUCAGCCCCCAUGUUAGUCAACAAUUUUUUUCUGCCACUUCAGCUUUCUCAGUCUUCUGCCCCUUCAAGGAGUCUGUAGGCCCAAGGAAAAACAAAUUGUCACCCACUGAUCUGACUUAUGCUAUCAAUGACAAUUCCUGGGCCUGGAUUGGCAGUUUUUCCAGAACAGUCCUCCCAUGGCUAAUCCGAGUAGCAAGCUCUCUUGACCAGUUGGAGGUAAAAGCACUUUUGUGUUCCCAGUAAGGACUUGUGGCCUUCAUAUGUAAAUAGGCUUCGUCCAAACAAUGUUUGUUUGUUUGUCAUGUGGCCAGAAUUGCCCCUCAAAUUUUCCUUAAAUUCUUGAAAAGUAGGGGUGGUGGCCCUUAAGUAGCAUCCAAUUAGCUUACCCUCUCCAGUCAGGUUUGUUAGAGUGAAGUAUAUUAUUUCUCUGUCUGACAUCCUCUUCACUUUUCAUUGUUGUUUAGCGUAUUGAUUACACCUGAGAAUGCCAUCAUUCUAUUUUUGUUUGUUUUCUAGUCUCCCUAAAUGGUUGUCAAAUUUCCUACUGUACAAUGAUCUUUGAUAUAAGCACAGUUUUACUCUUCAUUGCUGCACACAUAAAAGACACAUGCUGUUAGCUCCAGAACCAUGAACUUGCUGCCAUGCUUCCUGCAUGAACUCGUGUUCAUUUGGAACACAGACUCCAGGCCCAUAAACAUGCCACUACUCCCCAUUCUCAUCUUCAUAUUCAUAUCCUCUCCCGUAUCCACCUGAAAAACAGAGUCAACAUCCUCCCUUGAUGAGUGGCCUGUUGAACUCAGGAGAAUAGGUCAUUACUGUCAUGCACUAUCAACACUGGAACAUGAUUUUCUAGCAAAAGCACUACAGUACUGUAGUAUGUUAAGAUGUUGUAGUUAUCCUCUUUCAUUAUUAGCCACUAAUCUGAAUCCUGUAAGAAAUCUUUGAUUGUUUAUUAUGCAUUACUUUUGAACAACUUUAGCAUCGUUGUCAAACAGAUAUAUUUUAAUAAAUUUUUUUCAUCUCUUUGGGCGAUACAAUUUUGUUGCCUGAACUUGGCUCUUGUUUCAUGAUUAUGUGUAGGACUAUUAGUGAAAUACAUAGUACUAUGUUCCCUGAUAUGCACAACGAGUGGUAGAUGUACUCACUUGGUGCAGUAAGGAUACCAAGUUUUUUAAACAGGGAUUUACAAUGACCUUGAUUGCUAUUUUAUCAUUAUUCUUACAGUCCUUUUUUUGCAGUUUAAAAAUUAUACCCUGUCUUAUGCUUUUGAACCCCAGAAAAGAAUCUGAUUGCUUUUGAAUCCCAGAAAAGAAUCUCAUAUCGAAAACUUGGGUGUAUGUAGGAAUUUUACUCUACCACAAACAUUAGUUGUUACAAACUGAGAACAGAACAUUAAGAGCAAAUCAUGCUGAUGACAGUUCUUUUUGACAGUAUCUUUGUGUUCAAUCCAUUUUAAUGGACAAUCAAUAUUCAUCUUUAAAACUUCAUCUUUGUUAGACAAUCUGUAAAUUUACCAUCGACACUUAAUUUGACAGAAUUGUGUUCCCUGUUUAAACUGAUGUGUGUACUGUUUGUUUACUGUGUGUGAUAAAGCGCAAUGCCAAUUGUUUAAAUUUACAUUCAUCCAGCUAUAUUUAUGUAAAAUUUGAUUUUCAAUUUUUUAUGUAAAUAUUGAUGGAAUUAAGAAAUUGAAGUGGCUGCCAUAAUACCUACUUCGAACAUUUUAAAUUCAAUUUUGUAAAUUAAAGAGAAACCUCUCAAGAUAUUGACAUGAAACUUUUUGGGGAGUUGCAAAAGGUGUUGCUAAAGAUGAUAAAGCACAUUAUACAUUUUUAUCUCCCCCACACUUAGUUUAUUUAUUUACUUUUUUUAAUUUUUCACUGUUCAAUUUCACCCCAUGGGUCGAGGUCACUUUGAAAAUUAAAACAUUUGCCUAUUCUGUGGGAGCUAUGUCAGUUGCUGUUAAAUGACACCCCUAUAAUAUGAAAUAGCAUGAUAUUUUGUAUAUAAAAAUAGUUUUGAAAGCAACUUAUUUUGAAACUGUUCGUAUGAUUACGGCUUAAUUUUGCUAAUAAUGGAAAUGAGUGCUGAGAUACUUAUGAAGUAAGAAAAUUAUUUAAAAACCGAUCUUUUCAAAACAGUCUGUAUGACUUUAACAAAAGUAAUGAAAAAAAAGAUAUUGCAUUUUGAAGAAAUGUAAACACUCUACAGGAAAUGAAGUUGCCAAGAAAGUGUGUCCACUCUAGCAGAUGUCAUAGACAUCAAAUUCAAACUCAAAAUGUAGCCUUCCUCUUCUAUGUAUAUUAGAUAUAAUCCUACACGUCUUCUUUCUCAAAACCUGACACAUUGGGAACAUUAGGCCACACAAAAGAAACAUCAUCUGAUUCCACCUUGGAAUGCCAUUUCCUCAGAAGUGUAAUUUCUUCAUCAGUGAUAACAUGUCCAACAUAAUAUUUUACACUUCUCUUUGAAGAAAACUUCAUUAAAACAUAUUUUCCAUGGAGCUGACGUGUCAAAGAAUGGGGAAGGUGCUGUUCAAAGUCACUUCUUGUAAGACAAGCCUUCACAUUUUAUAUUUUUAUAUCACCAAAGAAUAAAUAUAACAUGUUAUGCUUUCUGUAAAUGUUCAUUCAAGUGUUAAUCUUGUCCAUAAAAACUCAUUUCAAAUUCUAAACUAAAAAAUGCUUCUAAUAAUAGGCAAAUAUUUUGUGUUUGUGGAGGAACUUACAUUUACAGAAAAUUAUCUUAUUUUCUGGAGUUGGUAUACAACGUUAUUUCAUAUCAACUGUCAUGUCAUCUGAAAUUAUUGAUUAUUGGUGACAUUUAGUGACUCGGACCUUAGUUCCACAUUUACACACUAGGGUGCAGCAUUUACUUUAAAAAAUGCUAAAUUGCUGUUCAACAUCACCUCGCUGUUCACAGUCACCCCACUUCACGGUACCCGUUAAGAGGUUUAACCUUAGGGUAAAGGAAAGUAUUACAGUUAGAAACUGUGUAUAUUUCAAGAGGCAGCAUAACUCAUGGUGCACAAAUACUCAGACUAUAUUCAUCGCCUAUUUAAGAAUGAAAGCACUAAGUACUUUGUAGCAAACUUUACACAAUUUCAAACCUUUCUGAAACUUUUUCUCACAGGUGCACCCUACAAAACAGUGAAAGAAAAACAGUUUAUUGCUUUCUCCAUUUUUGAUGUUCAUGCAGUUAAACUCCUGCACCAGGCAUGAUAUUUUAAUUUAUUACUUCUUUACUACUAAUUUUACUCUCAACAAAUUUUGCAGACAGCAUCCACACAUACCAUUGAACGUACCUGGAAAAUUAUACUGUCGUACAACUCACAGGCCAGGAGAUACGACACUGAGAUGUGUGAGAAACUAGGUUUUGCUCAGAAUGGAGCACAAAUUACCCAGGCUAUACUCAUCCAGUAUUGGAUAAGGAGAGCACUUAGUGACUGCUUACAAACUUAAAACAUUUUAUUUCAGACCCUUUCUAAUCAUUUUCUCACUUAUGUACUUAACAUCAAUUAAUUAACACUUUAACUCAGUUGUAAUGUAAUCAGAAGUUUGAAGCUGGUUUAUACAUGGGAGUUCAAUUCAUUACUGGAUCACAGGUUUACUGCUAUUUUUCUAACAGCCAUGUGAAUAUUAUUAUCACAGAACAGGAAUUUUCAAAAGAAAGUUCUGUGCUCAUAUUGUAUGAUGCAUCUGUGUGUAUUCAUCAGAUAGCCCUUACGUUGAAUGUUGCAAGAUUCAGAACAGUAGACAGCUCUGUGAUGCCCUUCCUACAUAUUUGUGUUGCUAUGGUUCUGAUGAAGUAGCCUAAAUCACGAAAUUAAUGAUCUGAGAAAAGUUAUACUGUGUUUUGAAAAUAUGUCAUAGUGAAACUAAAUAGUCCAGUUAUUGAAAACUUCCUGCUUAAUUAAAACUGUACGCUCUACAAGAUCUGAACCCCUUAACCUUCUCUUUUGUGGGCAAAGCUCUUAUCACCUUUGUAUCCAGGCAUGUUUCACAACCAGCAUUUCUCCUGCCAGUACAGGCCACGAGUGAUGCCUAAAUUGCUCUGUCAGUAAGGGUACAGCUCACGAAAGGCAAAGUUCUGUGUCUGUGUACUAGUCCAGCACAUUUUAGUCUGCUAGGAAGCUUUAAAAUGGCACACAUUUCCCAACAGAAUGCAAGAUACAUUGUGGCCUCUAGUUACUUGUACUUUUCUUGUAACUGUUUUCAUGUAAUUUACCUCUGUACAUAAACAGUCGUAUGUAUUUUUUAAAAAUCAUCAUCAUGUUGACUUGUGAUACUCAGCCUUCAAGUUUUAUAUCUAGUGCUGAAUCACAAUGUAGUUGUGUUCCCUAGUGUUUACAGCAGGUUUUAUUCUUGUACUUAUUGUUCAGCUAAUUCAACUUCGCAAAGUGUGGCCUCUUUAAUUUUAAGCUACAAAUACAAUUUCAGUCACUCUUUCCAUGCCUCUGCCUCCUGCUGUCCUCUGCCAGUUGUGAAGCCUGUGACUUUCUUUAGUAGUUUAUCACACCCGCCCAGGUGGUCGUCUUCAUCUUUCUUUAGCACUCAACUCUAUUACUCACUUUGUGUAUCUUCCUUCAUUUUUUCGUGCAAUAUGUCAUGCCCACAUCCAUUGUAGGGCCUUUACCCUUUCCUCAACUUCCCGAACUCCUGUUAUUGCUCUUAUGUCGUCACUUCUUUUCUGGUCUGUUAGUAAGACCUUGGAAUGGACUUCCCUUGAACUGCUGAGAACAUUGUAUGCAAAUAAAAAUGACAAAUUCCCAGUAAUACUCUCAAAAGAAGGAAGGUAAAUGAAAUUCAGAAUGGCAAAGCAGUGGAUCAUGAUGGUCUAAUAACUGAAAUACUUAUACAUACUGGUGAAGCAACAGAAAAACCACUGUCUAAAAUCUUUACUGCUUGUAUACAAAAAGACAGCAUCACCACCUUCUGGAACAAAGCAAGGAUUAUCCUUCCACACAGGAAAGGAAGUAUUCAUAAUUUGAAGAAUUACUGUCCCCUCAGUUUACUGCCUGCAUUACAGUUUUGACAAAUCACAUCAAUGCUAAUGUGGAAUAUAUGCACCCCAUAGAAAAAGAUAUAUUCUACAGUGGUAGUAAUGAAACAGACCAUAUACACAGCCUACAUGAAAUUAUUAGUUGAACCAAUGAAUAUGAAAUGUCACUACAUGUGGCUUUUCUAGAUGUUGAAAAACCAUUUGCUUUUGUCAGCCACACUGCAGUUAUAUAGACACUGUAUACAAGACAUGGAAACAAGGUGCAUAAACAUAUUAUGUAACAUCUAUGGUGUCUUGAUAGCUUCUGUCAGCAUAGAAAAACGCAUGAGGCAGCUUUUGUUUUGAAGCGAAAUAAAGCAUGGUGACCCUAUAUCUCCGAAAUUAUUUAUAAUAGCCCUUGAGAUGGCUGUGUCCGAAAUUACUUGGAAAGAAAGAGGUAUUAGAAUAAAUGGGAAAAUACUGACUAACUUGAGAUUUGUAGACAAUAUAGUAAUCCUAGCCAACCAAAUGACAGAACUGCAAUUCUCUAUAAAGAUUUUAUCACAUAGUUGUGAAAAAGUCAACCUUAAGCUGUCCAAAACAAAUGUUGUGCACCACUAGUGGGUAACUGCAGGACAAGUAAUAUUGAGCAACAUUGAAAAAUAUUAGUGAAUAUAUUUAUCUGGGACAGUUAGUCAGUAUUCUUGUAUUGGGAACAUAUAAUUUAUUUAUUGUUUGCUCCAGGAGUUUAAAUAGUACAAAAGUGGCCAGCACUAACUGAGAAAACUUAAUGCAGUGGCUGACACUGGGAAAGGGGAUUGAAAUAAAUAUUUCAAGCCCAGAAUUGUAAGUAUUAUUUAUUCGGCUGUCUCUUGUGCUGUAGUAUAUUUUAGUAUCUACAUGUGAGAACAAUUUAAGUAUGUUAAAGCAUAAAUAGUGAUAUUACAGGAAAAAUGAUUUUACGUAGAACCCUUCAACUUCUAAUUAUAUAAAACUGGCUGUGCGUAAACUGGAGAACCUCAUACACUAUGUUUUGUGCCAUAUUGUUUGCAAACAAAACAGUCUUUGGAACUCUCUUCAUGUGAUGUAUUCUUUAUAAUGUGACAAAUUAUUGCCAGUUUAUUACAUAAUAUUUACAUGAUACAUUCUUGCUUUAUUUUUAAUUUCUUUUUAGAAUUGUAUUACAAUCAACAUUGUGCAUUUAUUAGUUUGUAUAGUCAUGAGUCCCUGUGAAUAUUUACCAGUAUUAUGUUAGAGUAAUAGUAUUUACCCUUUUAUAAAGACAUAAUCUUCCUCGUGAUGUAUAUAAUAUGUAAAUGCUUUUUGUUUUCUUGUAAAAAGGCUGUUUCUUUAUUGAUUGUUCAAAAUAGUGAAAUAAAUGUUAUGU